CGGCUCUGAGCCGCCAUGUGCUGCGCAGGUGUCUGGAUACGUCACUUUCAGAAGAUUCAUUUCCUUCAACGCAGAGAAAUCGCCCCGGACUUUUGUUUGCCGGCUGUUUUUGGAAGACGGACAUGGACUCUGUGUUGUAAGGACAGGAGGUCACCUCUUAGCAUUACAGAACAGCGAUGGCAUGCCAAGCCCAGCCCCAUUCCAGCGAGGAAAAGGAGUCCUGCCCUUCCUCAGCCCUGCUGCCUGCUAGCGUGGACCGCCUGCAGGCUCCCAGCCUCAGGGGCAGCGAGCGUUUCCACGUCUUCAUCAGCUACAGCAGCGCGGACUCGCAGUGGGUUCACGAGUUCAUUGCCGCGCUGGAGUCCAGCCCUUGUGGCCUGGAGCUCUGCUACCAUGACCGAGACUUUGUGCCUGGACAGGUGGUGCUGGAGAACAUGUCCGUCUGCAUCCAGGACAGCCAGAAGGUGCUGCUGGUCCUCAGCCCAGACUUCCUGAACAGCCGCUGGUGUCUCCUGGAGACCAACAUGUCUCUGCUCAAGGACUGCUUGGAGCACAAGCCAGUGGUGCCAGUCCUGCUGCAGCCAGGCCUCACUGUGCCCCUGCACCUCUGCCACCUCACGUACCUGGAAGCCAGAGACCCCCACUUCCUCCGCAAGGUGAUCAAGGUCCUCUGUACGCCCAAUCACCUGCUGAGAAGCUCCAUGGGCUUGUCAUUCCAACACCCCUCGCUCUACAGCGGAAAACUCCUCCUGGCUCUGGCUGCCGCAGACGAGGAGGGGAUACCACAGUGGAAAUCGGGGGAGUUCAGCGAUAUGGCUCUUCCUGACCAGCUCCGCGUGGUCAUCAGAGACCCAGAGAAUUACCUCACAGCCAUCAGAAUGAUCAACUGUUCCUCCCAGACCAGCUCCUGCUUCAGGCUUCUGUGGGUGCGAGUGGCUGUCUGCUUUCUGCUGUUUCUGUUGUUUCUUGGGGGGAUUGCUGCAUGUAUCUGUGCAAGUGUUUUAGGCUCUAUUAGUGUUAAGCUACAUUACCAGGCAGUUUCAUGUAUUGGAGGGGUAGUAAUAGGCAUUGGAGCUGUUGUGCUCAUCCCAGCUCUGUUUGUAAUGGUAGUCUUCUGGGGGAAGAAUAAAGGGAAGAAGAAACUGGCCGAAAUGCAGACCCGCGUCUGUCAGGCCAACAUUGUGAUCGCAAAGGAGAAUCUGUUGAUAGGCUGCGAGUCAAGAACCAAGCUCUAUUUCGUGUACGUGUCCUUAGAGGCCUGUCAAGACGCUUUUGAGGUGACCUUUCGGGAAAAGGCUACCGCUGCAGACAUGUUCCUGAAGGCAAUGAGAUACUUCUCCUCAGGCUACGCCUGCUGCUUAGCCAGGAAGCAUUUCCCUUUUCCCACCAGUAGCAGUGUAGGGCACCUGGAAGGGGGUGUGUGUUUCUGCCGGUAUGUGGGUGAGAGACUGCACCAAGGAGCAUGGUCUUAGAGUAGCUGGGGUUUGUCAUGAGCACCCAACUACUGUGUGUCGCCAUGAAAAACACCUAUUUCGCGUUUUAAGGAUUUAAUUUUAUUGGGUUAGAAAAACUACGUAAGGAAAUGGGGUGAAUGUACAUGACUAGAAGGCAGAUUUAUUUAGCCAAUCCCAAAGACAGGCUUUACUGAUUUUUUUUUCUUGGAGAAGUAGAAUGGAGAGAGGAGACGAGGAGGGAUAAUGGCCAGUAAUAAAGAUUCUGGUACUUUGAAUGUGGGUUUGAAACACUUGCUCCACCUUAUACAUACAUCUGUAUCGCAACAAGACGAGAGUCCCAUCCCUGUAGUGGAGCCUGUCGCUGCGGGGGGUGAGGCCUGAGCCCGUCACGGUGGGGUCCGCACGGAGCCGCCCUCCCGCCAUUGCGCACGCUGCUGUGAAGCUGCUCUGGUUUUCAUCUCUGCUCUUGGCCAGCCACUUUCACGCCCUUCAAGAUUCAUUUCCUGUAAUCCGAGAAAUCUCCACAGACUUUAGCAUGCUGACAUUUUUUGGAAGGUACGGCGUUUCAUGCUUUUGUUUUUUCUUUAAACUGAUAAAUGAAACUGAUGUGAUUAACAAGCGCGUAUAAAACAUGCAAAAACUGUUGUUUCAUAAAGAGCAAAUCAGUUUUGUGUGUUUCCGACGGACAAUCUGAGACGUAUGCACGAGCGGGCAGACAGAUCAUACCUCCGAUUUCCAUUGCACAGGCGCGAUUUGAAAGGGGAUACAGAUUUCCACAGCAUACUGAAUGCGAUACGACACUACGUCAAUGGCGAGAGAGAGGCAGCAGGAGAGAAGUCCGGGGUCCCAGGCAGGAGAGGACUGGUUGGAGAGAGGCCAUUGAGAGUCAGUGAUGGAGGACGGGCCGAAAGAAGGUCCUGUCACAGCCCUGAGCCAUGGCAAACUGAGAAGGGACAGUGUCUCAGGAGGACUCGACUCUGUCUGAGUACAGCGGUUGUUGCCAGGAAGCCUCAAGUCUUAAACAACUGCCAUAUCCACAUUUCAGCUGUGUAGCUAGAUCCAUACUCCCACAGCCCUUUGUGCGAAGAGACACUUUCGAUUUUGAAAGCACUUUCACACAGUUUCCCCUUGUGUCCCCUGGUUUGCAUCUUGUUGGUCGUUCUGAAGAAGUCUGCUGGGUGCCUCUGUUGAUGCCUUUGAGGAUAUGGAAUACUUGUAUCAUUUGUGCUCACAUGGGCAACAGCAACUGGGUUGCCACGUGCCUGUUGGUUCGAUGUACAAUAUUACUCACAUUGGCUCCAUAAAGAUAGCAAACCUUCUGUCUUGCAAUGCCCGUUGUCUGGUGCAAAUCACAUAGCACACACAGAAAGUUCUAUUUUAAAUGCUCCCCCUUAAUCUAUUAUGGAUAGAAGAAAUACAUUUCGCAAUUAAUUUUUAAUACACAAAGGAUGGGAUUCAAAGCAAUUCCUGUAUGUUUAAUUGUAAAUAUUGUGGAGUGUAAUUCAUUUUACUUUCUGGCCGUGGAACAGUGGCCUCAUUGUUUCCCAUUUCUAAGUAAAGUGUUACAGUAUGUUAGUUUGGUAAAGUUAUUUUCCUCCUGAAAGAUAACUAUUGUAAAACAUGGUAAUCAUUGAUAAUGAUGGCAUGGAGAUCCAUUUAUGAUGGGAACACUCCUAAUCAAGUACCUUUCCCAGGGUGCAUCAGUGACCUCUUUUCCAGGAUUUGGACCAGCAGCUCUCCGGUCCAGAGUCUAGUGUGGUACCACUACUGUACUUGACCGCUACACUACUAAGAAAUAAGAUAACACAGGUACCUGCACUUCCUCAUGACUGCGUGAGUCCUUGCAAUCCUCGCAGUACCCUCUUCUGAAACCCCUUCCCCACCACACCCAGAAAAGAGUGCCAGGCCUUAUUUCAGUAUUACAACUUGAUUUACUUUCAGUCAAAACCAAGGCUGUUCUCACAGAGACAGCCUCAGCAAUGAUACAAACUGCAAAUAAAUACGAUUUUUUAAAACAAACUAUAAUUAAAGAACACAUUCCAACCGAUGCGAUAAAAUAUCAAACUUUACAAAAUGAAAUAGUGCAAAAACACAAAUAAUUUGUUUUUCAUCCAAAUAAUUAAAAUUCCUUUAAAACUCUAGUUUACAGUUUGGAGGACUACAAAUUAACAAAGGGCAAACUCACAGAGAGACUGAGGAAGAAUGCCCCGUUCUGAAAGAGGAUGAGAAAGACAACAGUAAAUUUCAAAGUGUGACUGGUGUCCAGUUAAUAAAAAAAUCCUGAUCCUUAGGACUGGUGUAUGUGCUAUAUUGCAGUCCUGUAUUAUAUUAAAGAAUGAAACACAAACACCUUCCACAUAAAAACAAGCACCAUCUAAAAACAGAGGAGCAAUCCAAUCAUCAUAUUACCAAACUAUGUGAUGCAUAUAACUUUGUUAUACUGAGGUACAGAGACCUCUCUGUCAAGGCUUGCAUAGUGCAGCAGGCCGAGCUAUACCAAACACUGGUGUGUUUGCUCCAGAUUGUGCUUUGUCUUAAGCUGCAGACGUAUUGUACUUGUUGAAAUAUGGCAGGGCUGUGUUCCAGAAAGGUUUGGAUACAUAUUAAAAAAUUACACAUUGAACUUAAAAUAAAAGCAAUAAAAUAAAUAUACAAUAUGAGUCCUGUAUUAAAUGUAAAUAUAAAGAAACCUGAAGACUGGUUAAGUGUGUUUUUGCACAGAGUCACACUGACUGGUAACAGGUAAAACGUCCAGCGUCAGUUACACUGUCUCUCCAGGAGUGUUACUCAUGCAAGAGUGAGAUCCAGCACUGGGACUCUUUGAUCUACACCAGGUAGACCCUUUCCUUUGGAAACAGAUGUACAACUGAAGUGUGAAUUAACCCCAUUCCAACCCAGAACAACUGGAAAGACAAGCUGUAAAGCUCACGCAGCCCAUUGUCAUUCUGUAGAAUAAGCCCCCUGUUCCCCUUGUGCUGCCCUGUACCUAAGGCAUGCUCUAGAUUGGUUAUUCAUGUUCCAGAUUCCCAUGCUAUAAUAACAAAUCACACAUUUCUCGAGACAAUUGUAAGAAAUGUUGAGCUAAAAGCUUCUAAAUAACAUGUUUUUACCCAAUGAACUGUCCCUCAUUAUGCUUGUCAAGUUGAUAUAGCGGAACACAUUUUGAAAACAUGACCUUGAUUACAAAAUGCUAUAACUGCUGUUUGGUAACAUUAAGAUUUACACCCAAGAAAAUUCAUAGCAUGUAAUUAACAUCAGUCUAAAAGUAGCUGUUAACAUAGUAUUUGGUUACUACAAUGCCUGACAUGCAUAGUUUUGAGCUUUCCAUUGAAAAAACUUCAGGAGUGUUAAAAAUAAAAUAAUAAAGAGAUUGCACAUGCUAAAGAUACUUAAUUAAAAGAAGAUUGAUAAGCUACAUUACAGAAACUCGUGCUAUUUUCGAGUACACUGGUUUUGGGUUUCAACUGAAAAACAGGGCAGACAGCCCACUUAGCAUUGUUUUUAAAAUAUGGUCCAUAGGGUCUACUGCCUUGCAAGAACUUGCAUAACUGAACUGAAUGAUCCUUAAAUUUAAUUAAAUUCCAAAGUCUAAAAGCAAUGUAUUAAAAACACCUUACAAAAUCAAACUGCUGGUUUGGCGCCCUUUAGGACUGUAAAUGAAGCACGGUACCAGAAGAGGUGGAUUUGUCUGGCUUGCAAAAUUAUGGAACGCCAAGUUUCAAUAACUGGGCAUAAAAAAAGAGCAGACACACUAACUGUCCAACUGCACCAUCUACUGUCUUAAAACUGCAAUAACGCAAAACAGUCCCACCAACAUUAAAUGUAAGUGAUAUGUGCUUUGCCCAUAGAUAGUAUUAUCCAGUUUCUUUAGUUAAUGUCUUCUAUAUUGUGCAUGCAUUCCUAUUUUGCUUGAAAAGCAGACAAGAUAGCAGUUUAAUUAUAUAAAAAAAUGUGUACAUGACACUUUAAAAGCUAUUAAAACAAUGAAAGCUUUUAAGUUUAAAAAGUAUUUCCAGAGCAAUUUAUAAAGUUGGUCCUAAUUUAGUUCUUUAUGCAUAAGAGACUUGGAAAUCCUACAGGGAUUAGCAGAGAUUCACAAAACGAGAGACAUUAAUACUAGUGUAACCUGUAUGAACAGUACAGCAAUUGAUGUUGUACCCUUUGCUUGUGCUUCGGUGCGAAGGCAACUUUCCUUAGAAAUUUACAGACGGAUGUCCUGCAAAAUGUUGAAAACUUAGUAUCGAACACUAUUGCGUUAACUUCUUGGGUGUCCAUUGACAGUGCUGCCGUACUUAUAUGUAAACCUGAGAAAUAAAUGGGACCAACUUUGUUUCACAUAUAUCUUCUUGUCAAUUUUAUGAUUAAGAAUAAUCUCUUGACAAUUAUCUAAAGUACCACUUCACCAUCUUCUCAGAAA